AUGGAGGACAGGGUGAAGCUGGCAGAGAUAUGGGUGGCCCACCCUAGCAGUAGCCAUCCGUGGACCAGUGGAGCUGCUGGCGGCGUGCUUUUGGAUGAUGCUGUUUGGGAUGUUCGGAUUCAUUUUGAUGCACGACACAAUCUGGAUAGGAAGAUAUGCAGCUCAGAUGUGACAUUUCUGAACUUAUAUGCACUGAUGCAGACACAAGGUUAUUCCUUCUUUGAUGAACUGUACCACAUGAAGAAUUUAGGCAGAGGAGAGGAAAGAGAGCUUGGGUUAGAGUUAAUUGACACAAACAUCAAACUGCAGCAACUUAAGAAGGAAUAUCAGCAUAGUUUAGUUCUGAAUUUGCUAGUGAGGGCAACAACACCUUUUGUAUGUCAGAUAGAAGAAGAUUUAGUGAGAUCAAACUACAGCAAUGUCUGUCAGAGGAGAGAAGAAAAUUUAGCAACUAUAUUGCAUAAACCACCUGUUGUGUAUGAUCUCAGUGAGCCUGCAGUUCUUGCUGUUGAUCAACAAGGUGUUGUUUUUCAUAGUCAGUGCACACAAGAGAGCAGAAAUUUCAGUAAGGGGAAGCUCAAAGCUGUAAUGGAGGAAGAGACACUGGUAGAAGAGGGACAUAAUAACAGUGAUGACUCUGAGGCUGCUGCAUAUGACAGUGAUAACAAUCCUUUCUGCAUGGAGAAGUACAUGAUAAUUGAAGACACAGAGAUAAUUGAGGGGAAUAAACUAGCAGAGCAAGAAGUUGAAGAUGAAGAUUCAGAUGAAGAUUCAGAUGAGGAUUCAGAAGAGGAACAAUUACAUUAUGAGGGUGACACUGAGGUUGAGGACUUGUUUGAUAUGGAGGAGGAGGAGGAGGAGCAGGAGAAGGAGGAUGAGGUCAAAGUUGUUGCAACAGAAGAAGCACCAAUGCAAAAACCUGCAAAAAAGAGGAAGAAGCUGGCAGUUAGGAGAGGCCCUACUACUAGGACACAUUCAAGUGUGUUGGAGGAGGUGCAACCUGAUUUCAUUCCUUCAUCAGAUGAAGAAGAUGACGGGUUGCUGUUUGAGGAUGAAGAUGAUGGACAUGAGCCACUUUCAUUUGUUCUGCCUAGAGGAAGAAAUCAGCAGCAAUUCAGAGAUGCUUUGUUGAGCUUGCACAUCACACAAGCCAGAGACUUCAGAUAUCACAGAAAUUCAGACCAAAGGAUCAUUGCCUGUUGUAAGCAAGAGCACUGCCAGUUUUGCAUAGUUGCUGCAGUUAUCAAAGGGGAGAAGACUUUUGCUAUCAAGAAAAUAAGGCUGGAGCACACUUGCCCUAGCAGCACUGAGACAUCUAGGAUAAGUGCCAAGUGGCUUGCAAAGACCUAUGAGUCAUUGUUCAGGUCUGAUCCAACCACCAGCAUACACACUCUGAUUGACAACUGCAAUGAGAAGUAUGGUGUUGAUGUGCCAAGGCACAUGGCCUAUAGGGCCAAAAACCCUGCUGUGGAAGCUGUGCUAGGAGAGCACAAGAAGCAGUAUCCCAGGCUUAGCGAUUAUGCUCAGACCAUCAUGGAUACAAACCCUGGUAGUAGAGUUGUAGUUGCAACAGUUACUCCAAGACCAACUACAAAAAUACCACAUCCAGGACCAAGGUUUCAUGCUAUGUUCUUCUGCAUAAAUGGAGCAAGGGAGGGAUUUCUCAAUGGAUGCAGACCAUUCAUUGGUGUUGAUGGAUGCUUUAUUAAGCUCACCACUGGUGCUCAAAUCCUAGCUGCCACUGGAAGAGAUGGGAAUAAUAAUAUUUUCCCACUUGCAUUUGCUGUUGUUGGACAAGAGGACACAGCUAACUGGUGUUGGUUUCUACAGCAACUGAAGAUAUGUCUAGGAGGAGAAGUUGGCAAAUUUGGGCCUUAUACUAUCAUGUCUGAUAGACAAAAGAAUGCUGGGUUUAGGGGGGAAGAUCUUAAGAAAUGCAUGGAUAAUGCCAGCUAUGCCUAUAACCAGCACAAGUUUAACAUUGCCAUGAAUGAUUUGAAAAAUGAGAGUGUGGAAGCUUGGAAGUGGCUAAGUGGAAUACCUAAGCACACAUGGGCUAGCCAUACUUUUGACACUAACUGCAAGACAGACUUGGUUGUUAACAACCUGUCUGAGGUGUUCAACAAGUACAUCCUAGAUUUUAGGAAAAAAACCUAUUAG